GUGCUGAACUUGUUUCCUGUAGGCCGUAGGUUAUACAACUCACAUUUUUAUUGCGACAAGCAACGUGGUCUUUUGCAAGGGAAAAUAUAUUUAUUUCGCCAUGAAUCCUGACAUAACUAGAGAGCGUGAGAACGCUACAUUUAACGUGGAGAAACUCACACAUAUUCUGGACGGUGGCAUCGAGAAGACCAAAAGAAGAAGAGAAAUUGAGUCACUGGUGAUCAGUGACCCAGACUUCCAGAGUGAGGACCUCAACUUCCUGUCCAGGAGCGAGCGAUACGAUGCCGCCGUGAAGAAGAGUGCCCAGAUGAUCCUGAAGCUCAGAGAGUAUGGCAUCUCAGACCCUGAGGAAAUCUACUGCUACAAGAGGUAAGGCUGGGGACACAGACCCAGGCCAGCUACCUGCUAUGGGCGGCAGGUAGCCUAGCGGUUAAGAGCGUUGGGCCAGUAACCAAAAGGUUGC